AUGGACUGGAAACCGUUUAGCGCCGAUGCGAGCUUGUCGCUCUACGUAUCCGACAUGGUCAGGGAUGCGUCGGACAUUCCUCACGGACAGGUUCGCCAGUGUUUCGACUCCCAUGAACACUCCCACGACGAUCUCGCGAACAUCCACAUUCCAUUUAGCGAGCUUCGAGACAUGCUUAGAGUCGCCGUCGCCAUCGCCAUCCAGGACCGCGAUAUCCCGCACGACAGCGAUGAGUCGGAGGAGGAGACAGAGAUGGCAGACGGAGACAUCCAGCACCGCAAUAUUCCGCACGAUAACCAAGAGUCGGACGAGGAGACAGAGAUGGCAGACGGAGAUAGUGCCCGCGUGCGGAUGUGA